AAAGACACUCGGCUGGGGCGAACUCCAAGGCUCCACUUCAAGUUGUGGAUGCUAUAUUAGCCUAUAUCUUUAUAUUAACUUUUUUUCCAUUUAGAAUAAAAGAGUACAAUUCGAAAAUGAUGAUUUACAGAAUAAUAUAUAUUUAAACAUAAUGAUGUUCUAACUGAGACCCAUGGAGUGUGCAUUUUUUGUAGUAUAAUCCGUCGCUCAGAUGGACCUCCGAGGCGCGAAGAGACGGCUUGGGGGGAUAUGGCAGGUGACAUGCCUAGCUCUCGUCGUAUGUGUCCUGGAUUUAGUUUGGGCUCAGAUUCGUUAUUCAAUCCCUGAGGAACUGGAACAUGGCGCUUUUGUUGGAAACAUAGCCGAGGACUUGGGUUUAGACGUCGAGAGACUCUCUGCGCGCAGAUUCAGGAUAGUUUCAGGCGCAAAAAAGCAAUACUUGGAGGUGAAUUUAGAAAAUGGUAUUUUAUUUGUAAACGAAAUAAUUGAUCGAGAGGAACUAUGUGAACAGAGUCUGUCUUGCUCUUUCCAUUUGCAAGUGGUAAUCGAAAACCCAUUAGAACUGUACAGGGUUGAGGUGGAGAUUUUAGAUGUGAACGAUAACUCACCCAGUUUUCCGUGGAGUGAGUUUAAUUUGGAUAUAUCCGAGUCGGCGGUACCCGGGUCCCGCUUCCCACUAGAGAGCGCGCAGGACUUGGACGUUGGAAGCAACUCGCUCCGCUCUUAUCUGCUGAGUGUGAAUGAACAUUUUGUCCUGGACAUCCAGACGCGUAGUGAUGGCAGUAAGUUUGCGGAGUUGGUCCUGGAGAGCCCCUUGGACAGAGAGCAGCAGAAUACGCACCAGGUGGUGCUGACGGCCGUGGAUGGAGGCUCGCCAGAGAGAUCCGGGACAGCGCAAAUCAAUAUAACAGUUCUGGAUGCAAAUGACAACGCGCCCGUGUUCGACCAGUCUUUCUACAGAGUGAGGCUUGUGGAAAACGCACCGAAGGGCACCGUUGUGAUAAAACUAAACGCAUCGGAUUUGGAUGAGGGUCCUAAUGCGGAUAUCACAUACUCUUUCAGCGGGCAUGCUCCCAUAAAAGUGCGCGAGCUUUUCAGUGUGGAUUCGCGCACUGGAGAGAUCAGAGUGAAAGGUGUCGUAGAUUAUGAAAAGGCCAGGAUGCAUGAGAUAUAUGUGCAAGCCAAGGACAAGGGCCCAUCGGCAGUGGCCGUGCACUGUAAAGUUCUAGUCAAUAUCUUAGAUGUGAAUGACAACCUCCCGGAGGUGAUCUUGACAUCAGUGUCCACACCUGUCCAAGAGGACGCACCACCGGGGACUGUGAUAGCUGUCAUCAGCGUCAUGGACAAAGACUCAGGUGAAAAUGGAAAUGUUGACUGUGAAAUUCCACAUCAUGUCCCCUUCCAGCUCCACUCCUCUUUUAAGAACUAUUACACUUUGGUUACUUGUGAUUUUUUGGACAGAGAGACGGUGCCAGAGUACAACAUCACUCUCACAGCAAGAGAUAUGGGCGCACCUCCCUUGUUCACAAGGAAAACUAUUUUAGUUCAAGUGUCAGACAUGAACGACAACACACCCCGAUUCAAGCAGCCAUCAUACACCGUCUAUUUGACAGAGAAUAACGCACCAGGAGCCUCAAUUUGCUCGGUUACUGCCCUGGAUCCAGAUUCAGACCAAAAUGCCUAUCUCUCUUACUCUAUUCUGGAAGGUGAUAUACAUGGGAUGUCCGUGUCCACCUACGUCUCCAUAAACUCAGACAACGGGAAUAUUUACGCGUUGCGUUCUUUUGACCAUGAGCAGCUAAGAAACUUUCAGAUUUUAGUCCAAGCACAAGAUGCCGGGUUUCCACCCCUGAGAACCAAUGUUACCGUAAAUGUCUUUAUUUUAGACCAAAAUGACAAUGCACCAGUCAUAGUAGCACCUCUACCCCAAAACGGCACCGCGGCGACUGAAGUGGUGCCCAGGUCAGUUGAUGCUGGCUAUCUUGUGGCAAAAAUCACUGCGAUGGACGCAGACGCAGGUCAAAACUCGCGUCUGUUCUACCAGGUGCUCCAGGCAAACGACCCUAGCCUGUUUAGCGUCGCUCUGUACACGGGCGAAAUCAGGACGAUUCGCCGAUUUGUGGAAAAAGACCCCAUAAGGCAAAUGCUGGUCAUUCUGGUCAAGGACAACGGUCAGCCACCCCUUUCGGCCACAGUUUCCAUCAUCCUGUCAGUUGUUGACAACGUGCCAGAAUCGCUGCCUGAUUUCGGCGACCUCACACUGAGCCCCCAGUACCGCUCGAACCUCACGCUGUACUUAAUAGUGUCUCUGGGCGUUAUCUCGUUCACGUUUCUUGUGGCUAUUAUCGUCCUGGCAGCGAUAAAGGGAUACAGGGACAGACAUUCCAUUCGGAGGUAUAACUUCUCUCUGAGUGCAUGCUGCGGGUUCCGAUCAGAGGAAUCUACCACUGAUGUGUUCAAGAAGUCCAACUUGAACGUUCAGAUAACCACAGGCACCAAAGGAUCCACAAACUGCGUUGAGGCAAAUGGCAACGGCCCCCUUUCUCAGCCAUACUGCUACAAGAUGUGUCUGACCCCGGAAUCAUCCAAGAGCGAUUUCAUGUUCCUAAAGUCAUGCAGUCCGAUGAAUGCGACUCCACAGAAGAAUAAUACCAAGGGCGCAGACUACCCCAAAUCGGGUUGGAGCGCACAGGACUCCCGCAGCCUGAUAGUGAACAACGGAGCAACUAUUCCGAACGAGCUCAAGCAAGCGAACAUGGACUGGACAUUGACGAAAAAUCGACGAAAUUCAGCACACAAAAGCUUUAGCUCCAUGGAGAGGACCUUCCCACGUAGACCCAGGCCGGACCCUGAUGGCUUCUCCUGCCCGGUGGCACCGCAGUACUAUACCUGGGGUAGUCAUAUGCGUGAAUACAAGAUGUCCUCCCAGGUCGAAGGGAUUGGAGGGGUUGGAAGUGUAGGAAGGGUUCCAAACCGUUCGUGGACUCCGAGCUACACCCAGCCUCCAUCUGCACAGCCACCACCUGACUACCAGCACAACGUCUACAUCCCUGGCACACCGUCUGGGUACUGCACUCUGAAGCCUGCACCCAGGGGGGAACUGGAUGUCUACAACUCAUUCUCUACGUUUGGAAAGAAUAAGAGGUUCAUCUCUAGCUAUGACCCGAGCUUUGACCAGAGAGGGGACAACCUGAUAAACAAGGACUUUUUUAAAUGAAUAUAUUAGAAGACACUGUGCAUACAAUUUAAUACACACUCCCGUGGAUGUUCAUUAACUAUUCAUAUAAUCAACCCAUAUAGUAUAAACCUCUGUGCACAAGGAAAAUUAAAAUAGUUUAGUAUAUUUGAAUCCAUGCUUCGAACACAUAACUUAAUACUUUACAGCAUAUUAUUUUCUCUCAAUACAGCAGUGUCAUAAUUCUCUCUUUUCAUUUGUAUCAUGUACAGUCCUAGUUGAUAAUGAUGAUGAGAUUGUGCAGAUAUAAGGGAAAUUAUAGUCACUUGUGGGGAUAAUGAGGAAAAUGAUCUGAGGAUAUCUGUUCCCAGCAGUUAUGGCAAAUUCUCCAAAUGCCUUGAGGGUUGCAUUGUGAAGAUUGUGCACGGCAUUCUGUUAGGCAGUAAUUUACAAGCAUGUAUAUCAUAUUGUUGUACUUUAUACCUUCAUGUUUGACCCGUUUGGCUUCUUAAACAUGUUUAUAUGUAUAAAAUCGGAUUUUACUGCU